UCUUCUCAUCAAUCCAAAGGACGACUGUUUGAACAUCAGUCUGUUGUAACUUAACCACUCGUUUGGGCUUUCACCACAGAGUAAUUGAUAAUUUUCAGUAUAUAAUUUGUAAUACCACCCAAUAAGUGAUACAAUCAAUCAAUUAAUGUCAAUCGGAGUUAAAAUGCGGACUUUUUUGGUGCUCUUUUUCGUGACCUGUGGAUGUUUCGCCGGCUCCUGGGAUAACAAUAAUUCUCGAUGCCCGCCAGUGUUAUUUCCAAACGGGAAAGUACGAUCGCGCGGUCGUGGAAGGAUUAUCAGAUUUAAUUGCUUCGAAGGAUUCACCCUAGUCGGCAAUAAAUACUCGACGUGUGUUCGCGGCACUUGGGACACACCAACCCCAGUUUGCGUUAAUUCACAAUGUCCGACGUUGGCGACUCCAGACCAUGCAUUAGUAGCGUCUAAAUAUAACGGAGCAAUAUUGAUGUACUUUUGCGAACCAGGACACGUAUUGGUUGGAACUGCUGAAAUUUACUGCAACGGAAAGCAAUGGAAUGGCACUGCUCCUUAUUGCAGAGAUACGACCGCCACGGCGCCGACAAAAUGUGAUUUUGAAAAACCGGAUCUCUGCUGGUGGGAACAAGAUCCACGACAUGAUUUCGAUUGGCAAAGACACAAUUUUGAGACUCCUAGUUCACACAUUGGGACUGGACCAACGUAUGAUCACACUCUUGGCGCCGGAAAUGAUGGUUACUAUCUUUAUAUUGAAGCUUCCGGUCGACUUACGAAUGAUACUGCACGAAUAAUUUCCCCUUUAUAUAAUGCGUCAUAUACAGACUCCGGAUGCUUUUCAUUCUGGUAUCACAUGUUUGGCGCAGGAAUAGGCGCACUGCGUGUCUACUUGAAAGAAGAGAGUACAGAGACACUAAAAUUAAUGUUCGAGAAACGGGGCGAUCAAGAUAAUCGUUGGCUACAUGGGCUGUUUGAUCUUCCAAAGACAAACUCAAGUUUCCAGAUAAUAAUUGAAGGCGUACGUGGCAUCAACUAUGUCAGCGAUAUAGCGAUUGACGAUGUCGCUAUUCUCCAAGCUGACGAGUGCACUCAAGCGAGAAGAAUUGAUUCUGAUACUACAGUCCGUAGUGUUACUGAUGAUGAUCAAAUAGAAAUAAUAAAUGCACUGCAAAGUUGUCGCGGUAGAUGCGGUAAUAUACCUGGAAUAAAUACUUGGACAACAAUUAUCCCAUUGUCCUCGCCCGAUGCCUGUCAGUGUUCUCUCGAAUGCGCUGAGAAUUCCACUUGUUGCCCCGACUUCGCUGAGUAUUGCAUCCUAGCCGUGACAGAUUAUCCAUUGUCAGCGUCAACAAACGAGGAAUUAAAUCCUACAACAAAAUUAAACCCUUUGAUAAUUACAAUAGAUACAAAGGAUGAAAUAGACCCAGAAGCGUCAAAUCCUCCUCGGAAAUUGUCCUCGCCUAUUACGGCUAAAUUAACGACCAGCGAAUUAGCGACCACCGUAAAAACCAGGACCAGGACAACGGACAAAGCUCUUCAUCCUGAAACUCCGUUUCCUACAACUCUUAGACAUGAAUCACCACCACGAACUACAGAAUCUAUCACUGUGAAAAUCGCUUCCAAGACAACUGAUUCAAGUAUUAAUACCAUUUCUUCUGAAUCAGAUGUUCUAGUUGGUCGCGUUGCACAAUUACAGGCCGCUGUGAGCUUCGGUUUGUCUGAAAUAAUUAGCAUUGUCGUAGUUUUGAUUGCUGCAGUCGCAAUAGCCACUGGUAUUAUUAUUGUUGUGUUACGACGACGAAAAACUUACAAAAGAGGAUCCGGUAGCAGCGGGUCUAUUUUGUCUGAAGAUAGCGAUGUUCGUUUUUUAACUUCCGAUGAGGUACUUGAUUUUAAUCUAGCGCGGCCGAAUGAGUAUGAUGAAAUUUGAUUAAUUAUUCUCACCGUAGCUCAAUAAUUAUUUUUAUUUUUAUUAUUACUAACCUUUUUAUUACUGUUAACAAUUUAUGAAGAUUCAUACUUAUUAGCGUAAUUUUAUGUGUAAAUAAUUAUAACUAAAUGCUGAAAAUUGACGAUGAGAUGAUGAAGAUGAUAAUGAUGAUGAAGAGAUAAUAAAAAAGUAAUUUUUUUUCUUUAGUUUUUAUUUUAAUAAUCAAAAAUACAUUGUUGCUUAACGUACAAAUUAUUUUAUUAGUUUUAUGAGGUAUGACAUGUAUGAUUUCAUAGUUAUUAUGUAAUCAUAUUGUAAUUGCUCAGUCUUGCAAAAGCUAGAUUAUUAGAAGUUGGAUGUUGGUUGAUCAUUAUAAAAAAUGGAAAUAGAAUUUUUUUAUUUGUUAUUGUAUUAUAAUUAUUAUUAUUAUAAAAAUAGAAAUUUUUUUAUCAUUGCUAUAGAGGUAACAUUGAAAAAAAUCCAAUCGCUGCUCAUGUUUGAAAUGAGGUUUCGGCAGAUAAUAAGGCAUAACUGAGGGAUACUUGUGAUAACGUAAAAUUUUAUGAUUUAAAAAACAAGUUUUUAUCGUUGUUAAAGUAUUUUUUUUUAAAUUCAAGUAAAAAAUAGUUUUAUCUUAAAAAAAAAAUAAAAUUGAGUAUUUUAAACAACCGAAUUUGAAACUCUAUAAUUGCAUGAGUUAUUAAAUAUAAAUUUUGUCAUUUAACUUUAAAAAAACUGUUUUUGACAAUUCCAAGUUGAAAAAAUGUAAUUUAUAGGACAAUUUUAAUAAAAAGAACUUAAAAUUAGAUCACCCUCGUCUCAAAAAUCUCUGAUAAUUUUUGUUCUUCACAUAAAGCGUAUUUUUUCAUAAAAGUAUAUUAAACCUCUCAAGGCGUUAUUACUUCACAUUAAAUAUUUGAUUUCGUUUUUGUUUAUAGUAGAAAUAACCAUUUCAUGGUCAAAUUUUACAGAAAAUGUUCUCAAAUAAUUAUUAAAAUCAAAAUUUAUCGAUAAUAUUCUUUUCAUUGCAAAUAUCUCUUAAGUCGGCCUUAUUACCGGCAGGUAUUUUGUCAUGAAAUAAUUUUUACUUUUUAAUAAAUUUGAAAUAAAAAAAUUACAUAAACUAUUUAGAAUAUAUUUUUCGCGUGAAAUUUAUCUUAUAAAUGAAACAUUUAAAAAAUUUCUUACAAUUAUUAUUAAUAAUAAAUUUACAGGCUUGAAUAGAUCAAUUAAUUCUUAAAAAAUCAGUUUUAAUCAGCUAUAACAUUUUAAUAGGACUCAAAAGCUAAGAAAUGAAGAAAUUCGGCCAUAAAAAAGGCAUUAAUAUUAAUAAGACUU